CAGCCUCAUCCACCAAAAAACAGCAUUAGUGAAGUGUAGUGGAGUGAGAGUGUCUGUCACUACUUAUAGGCAAACAUAACGCGAUAUGCAGUUAAAUGAGCUUUGUCAGAGUCCGCAUUUAAAGUAUUGUAUCUUGCUGGUUAGUUGUCUUGGAACUUGGAAGCUAGCAAGUUGACGCUAACGUUACCUAAGCUAACGUUAAUAUAACGUCAUUUCCCUUCCGGUUUUAACGGUUAAACUUGCGAGGCAUUGCUUAAGUGUUUAAGCCUAGCUAACAUAACUGUCGACAAUCCAAAACUAUAGUGUACAGUCAGUGUUUUUUCCGUCUGAGCGGCGUAUGGACGACACCAGUGGUCGGCUGAUUUAGUGAGGUGGACGUGACGCCAAAUUUAAAGUAGCAGGCAGCCAGGGGGGAUUGCCCUCAGUUAAGCAUUAAGCUAGCAGGCUAACACGCGGCCAAGGAAAGGUUUGCGAAUCUGGUCACUCAGCCUUCAACUGAUAAAUAAAACUCGUGAGACUCAGCUCCCCGCGGGUCUGCGUGAGGGCUGUCCACCGUCCCGUGCUCUCUGCGUGGAUGGGAAAUAGUCAUAGUUAGCCAGUGGAGCCGAAGAGGUAACCAGCCAGCAGUCCUGUUAAACAUGGAGGAUGAAGAGGUUGCAGAGAGCUGGGAAGAGGCAGCGGACAGCGGGGAAAUCGAGAGAAGGCUUGAGGCUAAACUGAAAAUAAACCAGGAGACAAAGAAGUCUAGCUUGGGUUCGGUUGGCUCACCUGUUAAAACUGCUAUCGUAAUCCAGGACGACUCUCUGCCUGCAGCGCCCCCACCACAAAUACGAAUUUUGAAACGUCCUUCAAAUAACGGUACCACAGGAAAUCCUGCAUCCUCGGCUCGCCCCUCUCAGCAGAUGAAGUCUUUGGCCCAGCGGGAGGCAGAGUAUGCAGAAGCCCGACGAAGGAUUUUGGGUAGUGCUUCUUCAGAUGAUACUCCUCAGGACAAUCCAUGUCAGGACAGGCCAGCUCGUAUGAGCGUGCAGCAAACAUCAGAACCAGUUCGUCCAAACAAUCAUGUGAUCCGCCAACCCGCGGGCCCAGAUGGCACCUCAGGCUUCCGACUCUGCAGAUAAACAGGAGCUACCUGCUGCAAGGAAUCAGCUGUCUCCCUGAGAGGGCAUGAAGGGUGGCAGUUAAAGGGGUUGUGUGUGUGAUAUGAAGAGCAGAGUGGUCAGAUGACACAAAUAUUUGACAGACAUUAGAAAUAUGAAGACAUAGCAUGGAUUGAAAUGAACUUCACCACCUCUCUCUACUCUGCUUACUGGCAUGGUCUUUGCUUUUCACCUUGUCUUUUCCUUCUGUGGAACGUUGCAAGGGGCUGGCAGAGAUCAGCCAAAGAUCUGAAACCCCUUCUGUUCCACACUGUGAACAGGCUCUUGCCUCACAUCCCUACACACUGUGAUACUUUAAUGUACCAUGAGGUGCCCUAUGAUUUUAAGUAUGAUUGGCCGGCCGAGCGCCAGGGCAUCAGGUGUCUGUCUCUUCAGGGAGAAUAAGGAGAGCUCGUGAGUCUGGGAAUUCCCCGGAAACGUGCAAAUGAAUGAGCUGGCCUUUCCACUGAUGGAGCGUGGAUCAUGGCUGAGUGUCCACCGGGAAGCUGACUUCAGUUUGUUGGGUUCAGUGGAAAUUAAGUGCUUGACAGUGCUGAGAGUUUACUGUGUGUUCAGCAGCUUGAGUGCAAGGUGAUAGAAAGUCACACUGAUCCAAAACUCUGAGUAAAAGUGUUCAGAAGUGCGUUUUAAUACUGUAGUUGCAUAGCAAUGGAAGAGGCCCAGACCAGCACUUUCCACAGUCCACAGGCCUCUGUUUGGCACUGGUGGCUAUGAAAGAAAUGCCCGGUGGGCACACAGCCUGUGGCCAAAGAUUAUAGAUCGGAAGGACAGACUGUCACAAAAUCUAAUCUUAUUCAAGCAAUAAUAAUGAAUUUACUCCCUGGAUUAUUUUUUACGUAUUGCCUAAUUACCUGUGCUGUGUUUUUCGUUUCAAAUUUUGUUUUAAACGGUUUACAUUGUUUCUUCAUGUUUGUGGGGGGCGGUUCUGAGACAUUAUGUUUAGGUCAGGGGAUCAGUAGUGUAUCAGAGACUAGAUGAUGUAGCUUGUGUAGGAAACUUUAUUGGUAGUGUCAUAUAAAAUUUUAUCAAAUUGGAAAAAGUCAUGAAUUGAAAAUCUAAAGUUAUUGUGCAGAAAAUUCCCUGUGUGUGUGUGUUGCCUGGCUGUUUCUGAUCAGAAUAGCUAAGUUGGAACUUCGUUUACAGCCAGCUGCACUGCAUCUGUCUAGAAAAGAAGACUUUGAUCUGUUUUUGCACCAGUUGCAGUUUAUUGACUGAUUUGGUUUGCCAAUUCUUCAAAAAUAACUAUUUUGAUGCCCAGCGUGGAGGAUGAUAUAGCCACAUGACAACUGCUUUAUUUUGGAAACAAUUAUGUCAGGGAAAUUUGUGGUGAAAACUACAAAAAAAUAUAAAAAUAUUAGAAACCUGAUCUUUCAAUCAGCAUCUUGUAGAAUGAAGCCAAAUUUAACUGCCUAGUUUUGAUGAAUGUCUUUCCUGUAGUGUUUUUCACACAAAAGGAUUUUACACCAUUGAUCGCUUGUUUGCCAAUCGGUGGCAAACAAGCGAUCAAUGGUGUAAAAAAUAAAUGUUUGCAAACCAUGAAAUCAAUAAUCUCAUCAAAUACUGAUGAGUACUGAUAUUUACUGACAGGUUCACAGUAAAUUAACCUGCAACACUUGUAUGCCUUAAAUGACAAAUGAUCCGUGGUUACAUAUGUACACUUUCCAAUGGGUAGAGCUUGUUAGUCUUUUUUGUGCACUUGUGAUAGUUUCAUCAUGUCAUUGAAUAAAUCCUCUUGUCACUGAGGCGCAGCUUAUAACUGCACUCAGCAAGAGUUGUAGGCAAAUACAAAACCACACACAGUAAGGACGCAAAUAACGCUUUUCUUACAGUUACAGUUCUUAAGUGUUCUGGUGUCAGUUAAACAAUUGAUUGGAAGAACUGUAAUGAAUUGAAACUAUGAUUAACAGUAAGUUAAACAACGUGCAGCAGCAAACUGCCAUAUCAAUAUGGCUAAAACUGCUGCAUUUGUACCACUUAUUCCAACCUCACUAACUGCAAAAAAAGUGAGUGCAUCGUUCACUAAUGCCUGGGAGCUGAAGUUACCUCUUGAUGUUGUUUGAUGACAGCAAAUAUUUUUCUUUUAUGAGAUAGUAUACACUGUUCGGAGCAGAUGACAUGCAGUGUUGUAAACUGGAUUUGGACCUACAACAUCAAGGAUACAUGUCCGUAAAACACUGUUCCCAGUGAUCAGGUUCAAGUGUUGAAAUAAAAGGGAUUUUUAAUCAUUUCAAAUUGAUAAAGCAAAUACCCAUCCCGUACCUAUUUGAUCUACCCAUGAAGCUUUGUUUAAAGUCAUUCACAGCCACCUGUCUAGUUUGGAUGUCAUUGUUAUUUUGAAACUUGAAAAACACAAAUGACAUUUGAAUACCCUUUAAUAAACACACUUCAAAAAGG